AUGGCCGCUGUAUGGAUGGGUAUGGGUUGUUACCACUCCUACUUCUAUCAGGAGAAUUCAAAUAUUAAAUGCCAGAUGGUGUGGAGCUUGCACUGCAGUAAGUUGGAGCAUACGAAGAUUGAGCCAAAUCACGGAGAACAAGAUACAGGAAUAACAAGAACAGCAGCAACAGUUAAUUAUUAUGAUUUCAAGCAAGUCAAUAAAUGCCUAGAAAUGUCAAAGGAAAACUGGGUUGAGAGGAAGCACUGUGAGGAGCAGACAGGGACAUAUCAAAUCACAGAAGAAAUGCCAGACCAACUCAACUCCACUCCCGCAAUCCUCGAAGCCGCGAAUUGGCUGGGUUUUAAGAUCCAGGAAAUGCGCCGCCAGGUACAUGUAAUGUACCAUGUACCGUCCACGAGCAAAAAACUCCUGGGCCACAUCUUCCUCCUGGUGGCCCGUAAUAAUAAUAACCUUAGAAUAAGAAGUUAA